UUGACUCCACAGGAGCUGCGCAGCAUCAACCCAAACCACCGACAUGGACGUGAUCUAAGAUCUAUUCCGGAUUUGUCCAAAAGCAAAGCAAAGCACUUGUUGCGCGCAAACCUGACGCGCCGCUGGAGUCCUUAAAGAGGCAGGACGCGCUGCAACAGGUGCAUCCUCUGCAGAAAAACAACAAUAAGGGUCCGAGCCAACUUUAAAUGCCAAUCUGCUGAUUAUUCGGCCCACGAUCAAGGAUGCCGGUUCUGACAAGCCCGGAGAUCGCUACUAAGUUCAAGGAGAAAUGGCUGCACGAUCCGGUCAUCUCAUCGGACUCUGCCCCGCUGGAUGACAGCCUCACAAGCCUCCACUGGCUGCAGAAUUUCUCCAUCGUGAGCGCGGAGCCGGAGUCGCCCAACGCGGCCGCGGCGCACGGCGGCUUCUCCUCCUCUGCAUCCUCGCAUCAUCACCACCUCUAUCUGACACGUUUCCCCGCCAGAGGGGGCACGGAGUCGCCCUCCAGCCCGCCCGCGGGAGACACCGCCGCCACCGGGAUGCCGCUGUACCUCGGCAGCCCGGUCACCUCCGGGAGCGACUCCACGUUGUCCAAUUACGCGCACCUCGCCGGCGGCUACCCUUCCAUUCCGAUCCAGGCCAGCCCCCCCGUGGAGGUCGACUACAAGACGAACCCGAAAGUGAAACCGCCUUAUUCCUACGCCUCUCUCAUCUGCAUGGCCAUGCAGGCCAGCAAGCAGCCCAAAGUGACUUUAUCCACCAUCUACAACUGGAUCACCGAGAACUUCUGCUACUACAGACACGCGGAGCCCAGCUGGCAGAACUCAAUUCGUCACAACCUGUCCCUCAACAAGUGUUUCAAGAAAGUCCCCAGACAGAAGGAUGAACCGGGUAAAGGAGGCUUCUGGCAGAUUGAUCCUCAGUAUGCUGACAUGUUUGUCAAUGGCAUCUUCAAGCGCAGGAGGAUGUCUGCAAACAGCUACAACAACAACAACAGUGGCACUCACAGACAAAACAAAUUGGUUCCAAGUUACCACAGGACCAAUGAUGGCUGCCCGUACCAAAGUGGCAAGGAUCUAGGCGAUAAAAGAAAGAGCAACAGCAAAGCUCAAAGGGUGACUGAGUCCCCUCUUCUGGCGACGGACGCCAGCAAAGCGGACAUCCUGAGAGGAGAUUUCGACCUGACAUCCAUUUUUGACGACGUCCUGAGCGGGAAUUGUAGCACCUUCGAGGAUUUGGACAUCAACAUGGCGCUGAGCUCACUGGGCUGCGAGAUGGAAGUUACCAUGCAAGGGAGGCAGCACUCGGCCGGGCUGGGGAGCUGGUGCGGGACAGGGGACCUCAUGGGACAGAGUCAGCACCUGAACCACCCCCAGUCCUCCUAUGGCAACCCGGACGUCAACGUGGCGGAGCUGCACGUGCCGCCGCCACAGCAGCACCCUCGACUGCUGGACGGACAAGAUCAGCUCCUGCAGGGUCAGCAUCACAUGCAGAAUUUCGAAGAGGCUUCCUCGCUAUUCCAGGAGCAGCCAGAGGAGGCGGUGCUGCAGCCCUGGGAAGAGAUCAAAGAGGAGGUGCAGUCCAUUUCGCUGACUCUGGAUCAGAGCUUUGGUUUGUGUGAGAGCUUCUUUAUGGAGAUGCAACCAUGGGAACGGGUGGAGGCCUACCUGUGAUCUUUGACACCAAAACUCAUUGACUCCUAAUUACAUUUGCAUCCAAUCAAAGUCGGAUUUCCAGUCCACCUUGAAGGGGUAGGGUAACCCACCACUCUCUUUGUGUUUUGAUUCAAACAUUCUAAUAAUGCCAGACUUAUGCUGACUUUACAGAGCAAGUAAACAUACGGAAGGACUAUAAAAAUUACAUAUAUUUCGGGUCUUUCCAAGGGUGCUCUAGACAUCUGAAAAAUCAGAUUGAAAAAUCCACUCCACAGCCUUUUUUGUGGACUAUGUGACCGUUGUGGCACCAGGUACUCUAAAAGCACUCUGUACGACUGAGCACUGUCAUGGUGGAACUGGAAGUAAAAAGAGAUACUGGAUUCUAUUUUGCUACAUUAGCAUUCAACUUUUUUUCCCCUUUUUCUUUUUACUAACAGUGCAGUAAAACAUCUUACAUGGCAUCGCCAAAUGUCUUUGCCGUGUGCGAUGACGAGAGACGCAAAUACCUUUAUGACUAUCGUCAAAAAUAGCAAUCAAGUCACCUCAGGCUAUGCUAUAUUGUAUGAAGGAAUAUAUUAAUUUACUACAGGAUGUAACAUAAACCAGGACCAUUUUGCUCAUUGCUAACUGGAGGCACGGACAUGAAAUGGAUUGCAAACAUUAUGCACUUUGAUAGGCAUCAUCUAAUAUUUGUUCUUUUUACAUUUUUUAUGGUAGUGAGUAUUGAUCAUAAUGCAUUUCUAAUUUCCAUUGCUUGCAAUAAUUUAUCUGGUUAAAAAAAUCUGUUUUCUUUGGAUUACAUUUUUUUUUUCUUUCUGAUUUACACUUUUACUGUAGUGAUUUGCUGAUUAUAUUCCGCCAAAAAUCUUUUUUUUAUAAAGAAAUAUGCAGGUCAUUGUUUUUUUUUUCUGUUGAUUGGUUGCAUUUUUGUCACUGGGUGAUACAUUUUUCUCUGUUACGAAACCUAAAUCACAUAAUUUUUAAUAUGUAUGGGAAUAAAAAUGCUGCUGGAUCAAGAAGAACAUAGCUUCAAUUCAGACAGGCCACAUUUAAUUGAUGUAUCAUACUGAUCGAUUAUGUCAUUGUUUAAUCUCACAAUGUUAUUUCCUUUGUACUUUUUUUAAAAGCUGUUUAAACAUGCAACCAUGCUUUGAUGCAACA